ACCCCACUCCGUUGACGUCCAGAUUAGAAAACCGACGGCUUGCUUCCCCGCUCCCUCUCCCUCCAUUCUCCGGCGGAGGCGAGAGAUGAGAAAAAUCCCAACUUCCGGCUCUCCGGCCUAAUCCCAGUCCACGAUGGCGCUCUAUCGUCGGAUCCUCUCCCCCGACGGCGAGGUCGUCGUCUUCUGGGCCGAGUAUAACUCCUCCUGGUGCGACCCUUUGUCAUCCAACACCUCCUGCAACGCCACCUACCCGCCGUCCAGCGACAUCGUCCCCAUAAAUGUCGCCAACCGCGACCGCCACCUCCCCAACGUCGUCAUCCUUGCCAUCUCCGUCAUCGCCGCAGUCUUCUUCCUCUCCGUCACCUGCUACGCCUGCGCCGUCUUCCGCCGCCGUCGGCGCCAGCGCCACCCCCUUCUCCCCCAUGCCCCAGCCUCCGUCCCCGCCGGCGCCGCCGACGCCACUGCCUCCCCCCGGUCCGACGAGGACGGGGCCUCCGAGGACGGGGAGUGGCUGCACGCUGUGUGGUACAUCCGGACCGUCGGGCUUGAUGAGUCAACGAUAAGGUCCAUCGCCGUCGCCGAGUACAAGGUCGGCGGCGCGAUCCUCGGCGCCUCCGACUGCUCGGUGUGCCUCGGGGAGUUCCAGGACGGAGAGCUCGUCCGGUUACUCCCCAAGUGCGGCCACGCUUUCCACGUCCCCUGCAUCGAUACCUGGCUCCGGGCCCACGUCAACUGCCCCCUUUGCCGGGCCUGCAUCGUCGAUCCGGCCGCCGCGCUCGUCGGCGCCGCUCCUCCUCCUCCUGCCACGGUCACUGCCGCUACUAUCUCGGUCGAGGGCUCGAGUUCCUCGGCUCCUGUGGACAAUCCCGACACUGGAAUCCAAGCACCGGAGAGCGAUCCCAGGGUGCAAGACAGGGAAGAGGAGGAUCGAGGGAUGGAGAGUGGAAUUGGAAUUUUGAUUAACCAGGUGCCGGAAAGCUCUGAGAUUAGGGUGCCAAGCGAUUUGGAGGAAGGUGGGUUUCAGCCAGUUCGCCGGUCGGUUUCGAUGGACUCGCUAUUCUUGGGUACUCUUCCCAUCACAAUGGAGCGGGAAGAGAUUUCCGGGGAGGAGGGACAAGAUCCCAAUUUUGGUGGAGAGCAAAGACUAAAGAACAAGGGAAAGCAGGGGAAUUCUUCUAAAAGGUCUUCAUUGCAGAAGGGCCAUUUCGAGAUAGAAAGAUCUCUGUCGAGUGGCAGGUGGUUCUUCUCAAGAUAUGGACGGGUGGCGAGGAACUCAAUUCUCCCUUUGUGAUGGUGGAUAAAGGCUGCUUGUUUAGUUUAAUUGUAGUUAUAAUAAUAUCCCUUUGAAUUGGCAGUUUCCAUGAAUUGGGAAUAUGAAGAGUGUUCUCAGCAAAUUGGGAGCUGCUCGCUGCUGUUCAUACAAUUAGUGAUAGCGAGGAAGGUUAAAAAAGUGAACUUUCCCGUGUCACGGAUACUAGGCAAUUCGAACUUAUGCAGGCUUAAUGCAGUGGGAAAGCUCUUGAAUGAUCUUUUGACAACUGAAGACCAUGCUCUACAGACAGAUUUGGACUAUUGCUUUCGGUUAUUUAACUAGGUCUGACUGAAAUCCUUCCAUUCUGUUAAGAGCAAUCAAUUAGAGAGAAAAAUGCACUCAAGCUCAUUUUUUAGGCAACAUAUUUGGAGGCUGGCUAGGCAAGCGCAUCAUUUGCUAUCUAAAUCCAGCUAUACCAGAGUUCCUUUGGCUGGGAGAAAAAGAAGUUUCAUCAGAUUGAGAAUACCCAAAACAAGUGCAGCCAAACAUCUCCAGAGAAUAAUCAUGAGGUACAGGGACAUCAUUAAUUUUCUUUCAGACCUCUUAGUUAUAAUAUUCUAUCAUUCUGAUCCUGAAGGUCCAUUUGAUGUAUCAGUUCUUGGCAUCUUUCUCCAAUGUAAUGUCUGGAUCACUUUUAUCUAGAUUCUUUUCAAAUUGCAGUGGGGCAGUUUUGAGUGUCAGGACGCUUGAUUGUAUUUAGAUACUUGAGAAUUCUUUACAACCACUUGAAAUC